AUGGCCGCCGAGUCCUCCGAGUCCUCCGACAACCCCUCUCAGCGCGGCAUCCACGCCUCGUGGAACGACAACGCCGAGUGGUGGGACGCCGCCAUGGGCCGCCACGGAAACAAGUACUGGCGGCAGCUCCAGGAGCCCUCUCUGGAGCGGCUCGUCCCCGUAGCCCCCGGCUGCAGGAGCCUCGACCUCGCCACCGGCAACGGCCUCGUCGCGCGCUGGCUCGCGUCUAAGGGCGCGUCCGUCGUCGCGUCCGACGGCAGUCCCGACAUGGUCAGGCGCGCCGCCCGCAGGAGCUCGCCCGCCGAGGCCGAGCGCAUCUCCUACCAGACCCUGGACCUGACGCUCCCCGCGGCCCUCGACGGCUUUGUCGGCUCCGAAGCGGCGGCCGGCGGAUUCGACGUCGUGACGUGCAACAUGGCCCUCAUGGAUAUUUCCGAUCUCGCCCCGCUCGCGGAUGCCUUGCCCAGGCUCCUGAAGACGGGCGGCAUCUUCUUCGCGACCCUCCUGCACCCCGUCUUCUUCACGUCUGGCGCCACGCGUUUCGUCCAUGUCGUGACCGACGAAGCUACCGGCGAGUACUACAACGUCCGCGGGAAGAUCGUCCGCGAGUAUCGACGCAAGGCGCCGUGGCGGGGCGUCGCCGCAAAUGGCCAACCCGCGUUCCAGCUCUACUUUCACCGUCCGCUCGACGUGUUGCUGGGAACCUUCUUCAGGGCUGGCCUGGUCAUGGACAACAUGGAGGAGCUGUACUUUGACGACUCGGACGCGGUUCAAGACCGGCCCGAGUCGUCUGCGAAUUUUACGCAGAUUCCGGCCCUCAUGGCUCUGCGCUUCCGCAAGAUCCAAUGA